CUGGACACCAACCUAGCCAGCUGACUGUGAAUCUGUGCUUAUCGAGGAAGGAUCAUAAACUUCCCUCUCCUUGUUGCGCCACCAGCUAAAUUCUUCAAUCCAACGCGAUAGAGAUCGAAGGGAAGAAAGAAAAGGGCAUGGAUUCAUCUGCUGCUGUUACCGCACGACGUCGGCUUUCAGCCAUUAACAACCAUCUGGUCUCCCAAGAUCCUCAGCAUCAGCAUCUCCUUGAGAGAAAGGAGACCGCCGGGGAGUUCGUUUCUGUGCAGGGCUAUAGCAUUGUACUUCCAGAAGAAUUGCAAACAGGAAAGUGGAAUGUAUACAGAUCUGCACAUUCGCCUCUAAAGCUUGUAAGUAGAUUCCCUGAUCAUCCCGAUGUUGGAACUUUGCAUGAUAACUUUGUGCAUGCAGUUGACACCUUCCGAGAUUUCAAGUAUUUGGGUUCACGAAUUCGGGUCGAUGGAACAGUCGGAGAGUACAAAUGGAUGACAUAUGGAGAAGCAGGUACCGCCCGUUCGGCAAUAGGUUCCGGCCUGAUAUAUCAUGGGGUACCAAGAGGAGCCUGUAUUGGGCUUUAUUUUAUCAACAGACCAGAGUGGGUCAUUGUCGAUCAUGCUUGCGCAGCAUAUUCUUACGUCUCAGUUCCUCUAUAUGACACUCUUGGGCCAGAUGCUGUUAAGUAUGUUGUGAAUCAUGCUAAUGUACAGGCUAUAUUUUGUGUACCACAAACAUUGAACAUUGUAGUCGGAGGUGUUGAUGAACAUAUGCCAUCACUUCCAUCCACAACUGGUGUUGAGAUUAUUUCUUAUUCAAAACUACUCCAUCAGGGACACAGUAAUCACAAGCAGUUUUGCCCUCCAAAACCCGAAGAUGUUGCAACUAUCUGCUAUACAAGUGGUACGACUGGCACACCAAAGGGAGCUGUAUUGACUCAUGGAAACUUGAUCGCAAAUGUAGCUGGUUCAAGUAUUGCCACUAAAUUCUAUCCCUCGGAUGUAUACAUAUCCUAUCUCCCGUUGGCUCACAUUUAUGAGCGGGUAAACCAAAUUGCAAUGGUAUACUAUGGGGUUGCAGUUGGCUUCUACCAAGGGGAUAAUUUAAAGUUGAUGGAUGAUAUGGCAGCUCUAAGGCCAACAAUAUUUUGCAGUGUUCCUCGAUUGUAUAAUAGAAUUUAUGCUGGCAUUACAAAUGCUGUAAAGACGUCCGGUGUCUUAAGAGAGAGGCUAUUUAAUGCUGCCUACAAUUCCAAGAAGCAAGCAAUAAUGAACGGCAGCAAUCCAUCACGCAUGUGGGACAGAUUGGUUUUCAAUAAAAUAAGAGAAAAACUUGGAGGACGGGUCCGUUUUAUGGGUUCAGGUGCUUCACCUUUGUCUCCCGAUGUCAUGGAUUUUUUGAGGGUAUGCUUUGGUGGUCGAAUGCUUGAAGGUUAUGGAAUGACUGAGACUUCUUGCAUUAUAAGUGCAAUAGAUGAGGGUGAUAGGUUAUCCGGCCAUGUGGGCUCUCCUAAUCCUGCUUGUGAAAUAAAGCUUAUGGAUGUUCCUGAAAUGAAUUACACCUCUGAUGAUCAGCCCUACCCUCGUGGUGAAAUCUGUGUUAGGGGACCUAUUGUUUUCCAGGGCUACUACAAAGAUGAUGUGCAGACCAAAGAAGUGAUUGACGAGAAAGGUUGGCUGCAUACAGGAGACAUAGGGUUGUGGUUGCCAGGGGGGCGCCUGAAGAUUAUUGAUAGGAAAAAGAACAUUUUUAAGUUGGCACAGGGCGAGUACAUUGCACCUGAGAAGAUCGAGAAUGUUUAUGCCAAGUGCAAAUUUAUUACCCAGUGUUUUAUAUAUGGUGACAGCUUAAAUUCCAGUUUAGUAGCAAUUGUCUCAGUUGACCAAGAUACUUUGGAGGCUUGGGCUGCAUCUCAAGGCAUCCAGUAUGAAGAUAUAAAACAGCUCUGCAAUGACCCAAGAGCAAGGAUAGCAGUCUUGGCUGACAUGGAUGGCAUCGGAAGGGAAGCUCAGUUGAGAGGUUUCGAAUUUGCAAAAGCUGUAACUUUAGUGCCAGAACCAUUCACUUUGGAGAACGGUCUCCUCACUCCGACAUUCAAGGCAAGUAACCUGUUCUGACCUUGAGAAUGAAAAUUGCAAAGAAUAGCUUUCACCUUUUUUCCCCUUUCCACAGAUAAAGAGGUCGCAAGCAAAGGCUUAUUUUGCGAAAGAAAUAUCAGAUAUGUAUGCUGAGCUGUCUAAAUCGGAUCCAGCACCACAGAAAGCGGCAUUGUAAACUUGGGAAACUGGGCAGUUGUGGAUGCUUUCAGAUUACUUACCUGUGAUGUCACUGUAGCUGAGGAAAGAGCAUGAUGCUAGAAGAUAGGAAUAAAGUCAUUCUCCUUGUUGCUGGGAGUGCAAGGCCUAUUUCUGAAUAAAUUCACAAAAAGUAAGAUGGAAGAUCUGAGGUCCUCCAUGUUAAUUACCCAAUAUUGCCGCUGUCGAAUUGCCCAUUACCUGAUCACCAGAAAAUGUAGUGCAGAUAUUUCUAGAAAUAGUUAUUAUUCUACCAUUUCAAUAGUAAAAUGAUGUUGGUAAUUUUGUUAUGGAGAUGCUUAACAAUUCAUAAUGUGGUAGACUGCAAAUCUGACUGGCUGAAGCCGAGGCCUGCUGUAUCUUGUGGGUCCCUAAUUGCAACAGCCAAUGGAUUAUCUGAACCAACAAACUUUAUCUUGUUUGCUGUUUCUCCGGGGAUUUUUUAGACUCUUCUCAUCUGAUGUAAUCUGAUGUACAUUCAUGCAUGCAUGCAAAUUAACUGUCAAAAUCAUGCGCCCCAUUGCAAAUGGAGCAUAAUGGAAGUCAGAGUUGUUGGAUGAUUUUAACCAUUA